AUUUUUUAGAAUUUGGUCAUCUGGCGAGUUUUUUGUGGGGAUGACGUUGUACCGUCCGUCAUUCGACCAUUCCUUUUGAUCUAUGACCGCUCUCAAUCUCAUUGGUAAAAAAAUCCAACCGCCGUUUCAGUCAAGUAUUUGAAGGUUACGGAUGUUGUCUAACGAAAGCCGGUUAUAUUUAACAAAAUAAAUAAGCCAAUUACAUUUGUGUGAGAAGAAAAGAGAAAAGUUCCUAGCCACUGAACGUGUGCUCUCAAACAAGCGGCAUAUUUAAAUCUAGAAAUUUUAUGAUGGAUAUAUUUUCCUGUAUAAAAGAUUGUCUCUUAACAUAUAAUUACCCACUUGUGCACUCCAUGAAUGAAGAAGAGAUCGCAGAUAUAUUCAAAAUAUCCAACAGAUGUUUUUUAAUCACUUGGAUGUUGAAGUUAAUAGACAGUGCAUAUGAAGAGGUUUUGGUAAAUUUUGAAAAUGACAAAGAAUUUUUAGGUAAUAUUGUUUGUGAACUUGGUUUAUGUAGUAAAAAGGUGAAAAUACCUUUUAUGGAAGGAGAACUACCUGUUACUCAACAAGUAAAAAUUAUUUACAAUAUAUGUACAUAUAUAAUCGAUAUUAAAAAAUAUAAAGAUGAGGAAAAGACACCUAUCGUAAGUAGUGAUGAUCUUGAAGCAUUGGUAAAUACGGAUUUAAAUCUAUUCCCGAUGUACGGCGAUAUAAAGUUAUUAAACCCAUCAGAAAGGGCAGUGAAAGAGGCAGUGUUACAGAAAGAAUUGGAGACUGUCCGAAUUGAUGAACAAUCAACAGAAACUAGGACUGAGGAUAAGUGUUUAUUAGAAAAUGGGUUUAAUGAAGCUAUACAGGAAUUUAUAGAGAAAUUGAGAAUGGAAUUUCCAAAAAUUAAGUCCGCUAUGGAGAUGGUUAAUAGAAACAGUUGUCUGGAAACUAAUAAUAUUAUCGAGUUACAGCCAGAUUUAGUAGAAACGUUAAAGGAGUCUUGUAAAAACUUAAAACUAAUAUCUCAGUUCAUCAAAGACAUUAACACUAUUGAGAACUUUGAGUGUGACUUUGGAUUAAAGGAACAGGGUAGAAAGAAUAAUAGCACUUACAAUAUGAUUAAAAUGCUGCAUAAAGAGGUAUUAACUGUAUUAAAAUACAGUAGAUAUCUCUAAUAUCAAUUACUAAUUAUUAGAAUUUUGUAAAUUUGUUUCACGUCUCUUUUUUACUUAGA